GCGCGUCACGUUACGUCAACACUCUCCCGGAAGUACCGCUGGUGAACAGCGAGGGGCGUGUCUCCAGGCGGGUCGCGUGCAGUUACCGGAGGAACGCGGGCGGUCGGGUCCUGGCGGUGUUAUCUCCGCUGCAGAUACUGUUUUUGUCUCUUCCCGACGGAGCCGGAAGCCUGUCUGGGUCUCCCGUGAGACGCCAUGGAAGUCGUGGCGGCCGCCGCCGCGCAGCUGGAAACUCUGAAAUUCAAUGGCGCCGGCUGUGGGGGUGGCCAGGGGCAGGAGGCGCGGGCUGAGGGCUCUGCAGACGCCCCAGGGCCGCGGCCGCGGCCGCCGUCGGAGGGGGGGCGCCCGGACACUGGGCAGGCCUUGGGGGCCCAGCCCGCCGGGGAACGGCCGCUACACGUCGGGCCGAGCGCCGCUGACGGCGGGGUCCUUGAGCCGCGGGCCAGGCCGGAGCCGCCACCCGGCGGGAGCUGCGUUGCCGGCCCGGGCGCCGCGGAGCCGGCGCGAACCCCAUACUCGCUGGAGACGUCGGGCUCGGACUCCGACUCGGACAGUGAAACAGAUUCAGAGAGUUCAAGUUCCUCUUCUUCCUCAUCAUCUUCCUCCUCAUCUUCCUCUUCCUCUCAUAUGUCACCUCCUCCAGUGCUGUCAGACGGAGAAGAUGAUUUACAAGUUGAGAAGGAAAAUAAGAAUUUUCCUCUUAAAACAAAAGAUGAGUUACUUCUUAAUGAACUACCUUCUGUUGAAGAACUCACUAUUAUUUUGCCUGAAGAUAUUGAAUUAAAGCCUCUUGGGAUGGUCUCAAGUAUUAUUGAACAAUUAUUAAUAAUUGAAUCUAUGACUAACCUACCUCCAGUUAAUGAGGAGACGGUAAUUUUUAAAAGUGAUCGAAAUGCAGCAGGAAAGAUAUUUGAGAUAUUUGGACCUGUUGCACAUCCAUUUUAUGUGUUACGGUUUAAUUCUUCAGAGCAUAUUGAGAGUAAAGGUAUUAAACUAAAGGAUACUAUGUAUUUUGCUCCAUCAAUGAAAGACUUCACCCAAUAUAUAUUCACAGAAAAACUUAAACAGGAUAGGGGAUCAGAUGCCUCGUGGAAGAAUGAUCAGGAACCACCGCCAGAUGCUUUAGAUUUCAGUGAUGAUGAAAAGGAAAAAGAAGCUAAACAGAGAAAAAAAUCUCAGGUUCAAGGCCGGAAAAAAUUCAAAUCUGAACUUAAUGAAUCAGGUGAAGAUUUUGCAGAAGUUCAUCAGAAUUGGAAUGCUCAUAGUUCUACUUCAGAACAGUCACAAGGCUAUCGCAACAGAGAGUUCACACGAGGAUUUUCCCGGGGUAGAUAUCCUCGACCUUGUCCUGGCAGGCCCCCAUCUCCACAGUUUUAUAAUUCAGAACAUAUGGUAUCUCAGGAGUCUUCAGGAUUUCCACCUCAGAGACAAGAGAAUCCUCUCAUGCCACAGUAUCGCUUUCCUCCUCCAGUAUUUGACAUGCAUAAUUUUUCACUCCCUCCUCCUCCACCUCCACUUCCGCCUCUACCGCAUGCCUCUGUGAACAUGGGUUGGGCUGCUCCUCAUCCGUUACUCCACUUACCAUACUCCAUGCCCCCACCUCCUCCCCCUCCCCCGCUGGCCCCACCCUCACCUUCUGACAAAAAUUCUUCUCAUUUUGGAUCUUAUUAUUAGGUGAAUAUGUGCAUUUCCAGAGAGGCUCAGACUUUUUAUAUUAUAUGGAAAGAAUUUUUUUUAAAGAAAGUGAUUAUAGAGUUAAAGUUUUAAAACAUUGUAAAAUACGAAAUGAUUCCUUCACUUGGAAGAAUCACAACUGGCAUAUAUUUCUAACUUUGUAAAAUUGUAUCCAUAUGAAAAUUCCACUGUAAAUUCAUUGGGGUUGGGGGCAGGAUCCAGUUACGUAAUAUUGAAUUAAAACUUUGAAUCCAUACUUCCCCCAAGUCUACUGAGUUAAACAGUAUAUAUAUGUCUAAUAAUAGAUCUGGAGCAACUUUGAUCAUGGAUGAAAAUAUAUUGAACAUAUUAUCUCCUUGGUAUAUCUGAAGAAAAGAUGUUUAGUCCUCUUGAAAGUCUUUAAAAUAAACUAUUUUUAUAAACUA